AUGACCUUAGUUAAAAUGGUGAGGGUAGUUGGAUCCGGUGCUCCGCCGGUGAGCCCAUCCCUCGGUCACCUCCUCUUCCACCGCCGCAUGUCGGAGGAGGUGAGGGGAUCUUUCCUCGACAAGUCGGAGGUCGCCGACCGAACCGUCACCGUCGUCAAGAACUUCCAGAAGGUCGAUCCGUCCAAGGUGACACCAACUGCUCAUUUCCAAAAUGAUCUCGGUCUAGACAGUUUGGAUACUGUAGAGAUCGUUAUGGCCUUGGAAGAAGAAUUUGGAUUUGAGAUUCCUGAUAAUGAAGCAGACAAGAUCACCUCCAUUGAUCUUGCUGUAGACUUCAUUGCUUCUCAUCCCCAAGCGAAGUGAAUAAACGAACCAUAUGAAACAAUCCUAAGCUUUUAAAAUUUAUUUUUAUCAUUGAAAAAAGACAAGUCUUAAAAGAUUACUUUAAGUACUAUUUCUGGCAUUGUAGCUGCAUUAUUUUGUACCCCAUAAAUUUUUUAUGUGAACAUGUGAGAAUUGAUUGAGAUGAUGUUGCAGCCAAUGUGCUUUGCUAAAUAAGCCAACUUAUCAGUAUCUAUUUCAA